GACAUGUUCGCCAAGUGCUUUAUUCUUCUCUCUGCAGCGACUCUGCUGCUCGCCCAUAACGCCCCCUUCCGAGGCAUUAUUGGCGGCGAGAACAUCUCCAUUGAGGACACGCCCUGGCAGGUCUCUCUCCAGGGUCCCAGCCACUUUUGUGGUGGUUCCAUCUACAGCGAAAGGAUCAUCAUCACCGCCGCCCACUGCGUUAACCGAGCAAAAGCUGAGAAUUUGAAGAUCCGCGCUGGUGCCAGCAAACACAACGGCGUGGAUGGCGUUUUAGUGCAAGUGGCCAAGAUUAAGGUUCAUGAGGACUAUGAGAAUCUCGGCAGCGACGUGGCCCUCCUUCUGCUCAGCUCGCCCCUCGAUUUAAAGAGCAGCAACAAAGUGAAGUCCAUCGAAUUGGCCAAGCAAUCACCAGCCGUUGGUGCCGAAUCCCUGGUUAGUGGCUGGGGGAGCACUUCGGAGCACUCCGGUAGCCCGGAUGUACUGCAGGGUGCCUAUGUUAAUAUCGUGGACUACAAUGUGUGCAAGAAACAAUACAGUGUUCUAGGGCUGGAGAUCACUGAAGAUAUGAUUUGCGCUGCAGCGUCCGGCAAGGAUUCCUGCCGUGGUGACUCUGGUGGCCCCCUGGUUGUCGACCAAGAGCUGGUCGGUGUGGUUUCGUGGGGAUAUGGAUGUGCUAGAGAACACUUUGCUGGCGUCUAUGCCAACGUUGCUGUCCUUCGCAGUUGGAUCGUGAAUGAAGCUGCUAAGCUCACCUAUUUGAACUGAAACACAAACCAUAUUGUCCGAUAAUUUAAAGAGAGAAUUUCCAAUAUUAAAUAAAUACCUACAUGAGCAUUCAAAA